AUGGUCAAGCGAAAGCGAUUGAAGGCCCGACCUACGCUCAUUCCCGAACACAAGGCGUCAGAUUCUGUGUACUAUCGUAAGCCAGGCAAUGAGUCAGUGGUCGGUUCUGGUACAUACGGCAAGGUGUUCAAGGGCGUGCACGUCUACACGAAAGAUAUGGUUGCGCUCAAGAAGAUUCGCAUGGAGGGCGAGCGUGACGGGUUCCCGGUGACAGCUAUUCGCGAAGUCAAGCUGCUGCAAUCACUCAACCACGACAACAUUGUAAAGCUACGAGAGGUCAUGGUCGAAAAGAACGAUUGCUACAUGGUUUUUGAGUAUCUUUCCCACGAUCUGACAGGUCUCCUCAACCAUCCGACAUUCAAACUUGAGCAGUCUCAUAAGAAGGAUCUGGCGAAGCAGCUGUUCGAAGGUCUGGACUACCUGCACCGUCGGGGUGUGCUACAUCGCGACAUCAAAGCGGCAAACAUAUUGGUGUCCAAUACUGGACAACUGAAACUUGCUGAUUUUGGUUUGGCAAGGUUCUAUGCGAAGAGAAGCAAGCUUGACUACACCAACCGUGUCAUCACCAUUUGGUAUCGAUCCCCGGAGCUGCUACUAGGUGAGACGCAGUACGGACCUGCUGUCGAUAUCUGGUCGGCAGCCUGUGUCCUUGUCGAGAUCUUUACUCGCCACGCCAUUUUCCCUGGAGACGGCGGUGAAAUCAAUCAACUCGAUAAGAUAUACAACGUCCUGGGUACACCUACCAUACAAGAUUGGCCAGGUAUUGUAGAUAUGCAAUGGUUCGAACUCCUCCGUCCUACCGAGCGUAGACCGUCUACUUUCGAGGAGAAGUACAAGGAUCGGGUGAGCCCGAUGGCUUUUGAACUACUGCAAGCUAUGUUCCUUUACGACCCGACAGCACGGCCGUCGGCGGCUGAUGUGCUAGAGCACCCAUUUUUUACGAGCGAGACCCCGCCCUCGAAGCGUGCUGAUGCAUUGAGUAAAUUGGAGGGUGAUUGGCAUGAGUUUGAGAGCAAAGCUCUACGCAAAGAAAAGGAGAAGCAGGACAAGGAAGCACGUCGUGCCGCGCGGGAAGAAACGAAAAAGGACGAAGGCAAGCGGCGCGCUGAGGCAGGAGCAGGAGAUGAAAGAGAACCAAAGCGCGCGAAGAGCGGUGAUGUCACUGCGUAA